UUUUUUUUUUGAACAAAACUACGAGGAAAAUCGAGAAGGAACGUGCUGAGAGGGGCCCGAGCCAAAACCAUUAAAAAUGGCUGAAGAGUAUAUACCAGAUGUUAGCGUCAUGGACACAAUUGUGCCCGCCAUCCUGGGAUUGACGGCAGCUGCUGUCCUCUCCUCGGUGGCCUGCAUCUGCGCCAAGCAGAUGCGCAUCCGGAACAAGAAGCAGAACCAACAUGACGCCUCGUUCCCGUUCCAGCCGACGCGACGUCCGACAGCAGUUCGAUCGCCAAGCGGCCAGCCGCCUCACUACUUGAAGAAGUCCCCCUCGCCCACCGGCGGCAAGCAGAUGAGUCUCCUUUCCCCCAUGCAGGAUCAGUCCACCUCUCCGAUCGCUCAGCCGAACGCCAAGUACAGUGAGGAGGACGAGGCCCCCCAACUGAAUCCGGAGCACCAGCACAACGGCAACAAACUUACUGUGGUCGAUGGAAAUGGGAUAAAGCAAUCGCUGCACCACAAUAACCACCACCACCACCAAAACCACCACUCGCCGGUGGAGACGAUUGCCAAUGGAAAUGUUACCAUCACCCUGGACGACCAAGCACUGUCUAAUGGCAAGGAGUUGACUGUCACCGAUCAGUACGGCAAACUGGGCACCAUAUACUUCAAGUUGCGCUUUUUGGCCGAGAGGAACGCUCUAAUGGUCUCCAUCAUUCGUUGCCGGGGGUUGCCUUGCAAGGGCGGUUCGAGCGGUACAGGCGACAUACCCACUGGCAUGAACGGACGCACUCAGGCGGCCACUGAUCCGUAUGUGAAGCUCCAACUUCUGCCCGACAAGCAGCACAAGGUCAAGACCCGUGUCGUGCGAAACACCCGAAAUCCUGUCUACGAUGAGGACUUCACCUUCUACGGUCUGAACAUGAACGACCUUCAAAAUAUGUCCCUGCACUUUGUCAUCCUUAGCUUCGAUCGGUAUUCGCGCGACGACGUCAUCGGCGAGGUGGUCUGCCCGCUUUCAUCCAUUGAGAUCGGAGACAUUUCCAAGGAGGCUCUGUCCAUCAGCAAGGAGAUCCAGCCGCGCAGCCUGAAGAUUCGCGCCCAGGGCCGGGGUGAGCUCCUCAUCUCGCUCUGCUGGCAACCGGCAGCCGGACGUCUGACUGUGGUCCUCCUGAAGGCCCGCAACCUACCGCGCAUGGACGUGACCGGUCUGGCUGAUCCGUACGUCAAGAUAUAUCUGCUCUACAAUGGCCAACGCAUAGCCAAGAAGAAGACCCACGUGAAGAAGCGCACUCUUAGCCCGGUUUUCAACGAGAGUUUUGCCUUUGAUAUUCCCGCUGCCGAGGGCACUGGCGCCACUCUUGAGGGUGUUUCUUUGGAGCUGAUGCUGCUUGACUGGGAUCGCGUGACCAAGAACGAGGUUAUUGGACGCCUAGAGCUGGGAGGACCCAACUCCACCAGCACCGCUCUGAACCACUGGAAUGAGGUGUGCAACUCGCCCCGACGGCAGAUCGCCGAGUGGCACAAGCUGAACGAGUAGGCGGGCAAGGGGAGGCUUUUAAUGCCACCACGUGGGCGCUGGCACCGUUAGCGAGAAGAAACCGAAGCAGGAACCGGAACCGGAAACGGCAACGGACACGGAAAUGGGAGUCGUACGGUUCAUGAGUAUGAGCUCGUUCCCAGUCUUAAUUUGUAUUCAUUUUUGGUAUAUACUUUAGAUUAUUUUUAUGAAUUUGUAUCGAUUUAAUUUUUUAUUUUUGAUAUGUUAUUUUAACGAUGUGCUAUGCGUGGCAUUAAACCCAGAGGGCGACUGUGGUCCCAUGCGGAAAUAUAUAAUUACCACACCAACCACUAAGUAAAUUAAAUGUAUUAGAAAAUGUUUAGGACGUAAAAGAUGCAUGUAAGUGUAAGAUAAUUCAGAAAACAUCAUAUAAAUGCUUGAAAAAUUCAAAAUAGAAAACUGCAGAAAAAGACACAACUUACAUAUAGUGGACACCGAUUUUGUUGCUGUAUAGAAGAAGAAUUAUACGCUUUUGUGUUGUUUGAAUGUCUAUAUAUUUUUUCAUAUCAAGGAUUAGAAGUACCAUUUAAUGUGCCCACCACAAUGGAUGAAAAUAUUUGAUUUUCAAAACCAAACCAAAGGAAAUAUAUUAACCAUGCAUAUGUAUAAAAUAUUUAUUAUGAUAUUAAAUCUUAAGCAUAAUGUUUGCGUUGGUUUGAUGGAAUAAAACUGUUUUAGGCAUUUUUCGUUUUGUAAAGCAAACAUAAAAAAGUUAAGUACCAUGAUCCCACAGCCGAUGGAAAGUAGCUUACUGCUUCACAAUUUAUACGUACUCCUUAAAAUAACCAAAAAUGAAAAUAAAACGAAAACCAAAUUGAAUCUAGAGAGACACGCAGCAGAAUGCUUAGCACCAAAAAGCUACAAAACCACACACAAAUCGAACGAAAGUCAGAAAAAAAUAAUGAUUCGGAGGAGAUAACAAACACAAAAUCAUAUUGUAAGCAGCAUAGUAAAUGUAGAAACAAAAUACCCAUGAAAACUGUAGAGUAUAAAAACUCACGCAUAGCUCAAACCGAUCUCAAUAAGCACUCCACGUAGUAGACACUACUCAUAAAGCAGGAUAAUGCAAUCCCGAGGAGCGGAGCUUUAAGCUGGAGCCCAACAAUUAUCCAUAAACUGAUACCGAGUGUACUGAUCGCAAUUGUAUUGUAACAGACCUAAAUAUAUAGACACCAGCCCGCUUCUAAGUAUAUUUUGUGAACUGAAUGUUAGAACAUAAUACUUCAUUGAAUGACUACGUAUGAACGUACAACCAUAAGAAUAUAUAUAGAAGCAACUAUAUACACGUUCCAAAGAAUGGUAAUCCACUACAAUUUGUGUCCAAUCAAAACUUCAAUUCGUCUAAUGAAAAACAAUAAUAUUGAGUAAUGCAAUCUCAAAAGAAGGCACUCGAAUCAACCAAUUACGCAUGUGGUUUAGGUAUUGCAAACGAACCCAACAUUGUAUGAGAUGUGUAUAAUUCUACAUUAUAUAUAAAAUUAAUUGUAAGCUACAUCAAAUGGUUAAUUUCAGUAAUAAAAAGUAUAAUACAACAUAAA